CUGAAGAUGACUGAGAACAACUACUCCUUGACCACAGAGUUCAUCCUCAUGGGAUUCUCAGAUCACCCAGACCUGCAGAUCCUUCUAUUCCUGGUGUUCUUUACCAUCUAUCUGGUGACCAUGGUGGGAAAUCUUGGGCUGGUUGCCUUGAUCUACAUGGAACGCCGUCUUCACACACCCAUGUACAUCUUUCUGGGCAACCUGGCUCUCAUGGAUUCCUGCUGCUCCUGCGCCAUCACUCCCAAGAUGCUAGAGAACUUCUUUUCUGUGGACAGAAAGAUUUCUCUCUAUGAAUGCAUGGCACAGUUCUAUUUUCUCUGUCUGGCUGAAACUGCAGACUGCUUCCUUCUGGCAGCAAUGGCCUAUGACCGCUAUGUGGCCAUAUGCAACCCACUGCAGUACCACACCAUGAUGUCCAAGAAGCUCUGCCUUCAGAUGACCACAGGAGCGUACAUAGCAGGAAACCUACAUUCCAUGAUUCACAUAGGGUUCAUGUUCAGGUUAACUUUCUGUAGAUCCCAUAUGAUCAAACACUUCUUUUGUGAUGUCCUUCCAUUGUAUAGACUCUCGUGUGUUGACCCCUAUCUCAAUGAAUUGAUGAUUCUCAUCUUUUCGGGAUCAGUUCAAGUCUUUUCCAUUACUAUAGUCCUGAUAUCUUAUUUCUAUAUCCUCUUUACUAUAUUCACAAUGAAGUCCAAAGAAGGAAGAAGCAAAGCCUUAUCAACUUGUGCUUCUCACUUUCUGUCUGUGUCCAUUUUCUAUGGUUCUCUUCUCUACAUGUAUAUUCGACCAAGUUCAUUUAAUAAGGGAGAUGAAGACAUACCUGUUGCUAUUUUUUAUACUCUAGUAAUUCCUUUAUUAAACCCUUUUAUUUAUAGUCUGAGAAAUAAGGAAGUAAUAAAUGUGAUUAAAAGAACCAUGAAGAAGAGAUGA